AUGGAAAAAAAGCAGUUAAAUCUGAACCAGCCACUUUUAUCAGUGAGGAGAUUCACAUCAACAAUAGCUUCUGAAUCAGAUAACACUGAUAAUUCAUCUGCUAAGGUACCAUAUCUUCCUUACAAAUCAGAGUUCAGUUCAGUUCCGGUGAGAAAUGCCGGUGCAGUUCCGUUUCAAUGGGAGAAAACACCGGGAAAACCGAAAGAUAUAUCAGUUAUAGAGAGGGAAAAGGAGGGAAAUGAGGAGAAGGGAGGGUUUGAUUCGGAUGACGGAGAUGAGAGUUUUCAAGAUGAGCGCGAUACGAUUUCUAGGACCAAAUCGUUCUUCACGAGAAGCAGUAUGAGUUCGGAUGAUCACGAGGUGCAAGUUCGACCAAAUGGAGGUUUCUCGAGCGAUGAACACGCUCGCGAAUGCAUGAUUGAUCGAUUCUUGCCUGCUGCGAAGGCAAUGAUACGUGAAAAACCUCAAUGUGCUCCCAAGAAAUUUAGGAGUUCGAUGAAGUCGUCUCUUCUUAAUCAGUAUAAACCAAAAUUGGUGCGGUUUAGGGAAGGAGGCCUAGUCGAAAGCGAUGAUUCUGAAAACUUCACUACUAAUACUACAGCUUGUGGACUAUUUCCUCAGUUUCGCGUGUUGAAUCCGAUGGCAGGAGGAAGAAUGGAGAACAAGGUUCAGAGUAAUGCAGACUGUAGUUCAACUGUUUUGCCUUUUGAAACUCGAAAAGAGGAGCGAGCUAGAGCUUCUUAUCAAAGGGGUUGCGGAGAAUCAUUAGUCUGUGAAAGUCCCCCUGUUGAGAAAACUCUAUAUGUUGAUUUUAUACAUAGGACCAGAUUUGAAACCGAUCAUAAUGGAGACGAUUUCGAGGCUUCGAAAAGAGAUAGUGACAUUUACGAGAAUCUUUCGGUAGAUUCUUUGCUCAAAAAUAACCAAGGGUUGGAUGUUGUAAAUGUGAAGACAGCCUUAGAAGCUAAGUUUUCGCAAACUCUUGAUUCGCCUUUCCCCGUUUGUUCUGAAAAUCCUAACAGUGGUAUGCAAGUGGGCUCAGAAAAGCUUGGCAUCCAAGGAAGUGACUUAGGCCAGGACUCCGUAUCGAGUUCAAGUCCAAAAAUGGUUGAAUGUGAACAAAUAGAUUAUGAGAAACUAAUUAAGGAUUUCGACUUCGAUGUAAAGAGGCAACCAGCGGCCAAAUUGAUUGAUCGAGAACAAACAGUGGAAUACGAUAGGAAAAUCGACUUAGAAAGCCAAUGUGGCUUGACAUUAGGCCAUCAGGAGCUAACUGGUGCAACAAGCUUUUUCGAGAUUCCUCUUAUCCUUCCUUCACUGAAAGCUCCAUCAGAGUCUUGGCUUACGCGUACCUUACCGGCGAUUUCCACGGAAAACACAUGUUCAAAGCCUAAGCCUUGUUGCAAAUAUGUAUUCAAGACAGCAUCAUUGUAUCCCAAGUCUUCUAAUGUGCAACAUGGUGUCAUGCAGUUCCAUGAGGAAUUGGUAAAACCAAUUGCAGAAGAUUGA